CUGAUAUGUUGCCAUCACCUGAAGGCUGAAACCAUCUUGCUAUCUAACUGCUAAAAUAGUUCAUGGCACACUUUGAUUUCGUAUAAGCUUAGCUACUAACAAUUUUCGGUAAAGCCAAAUUUCAGGAACAACACAACCAAGUAUAGUAGUAUCCUUAAAUUUGUAGGAAUUCAUGGAGAGGGGUUCUGACCACUUUUUUUCCCCUUUAACCCUUUAUAGGUGAAUUCAUACGAAAAUGUAAUGCUUGCUAUAUGAGACUCGAUGACUUUCCAACAUCAAGUUAGCACAAAAGAGAGGAGUAUAAUAUUUUCGGCGAGAGUUGAGUGUACAUCUCAUACUUUUGAAGAAAAUGAUGUUGAAAUGAGUUCUUUAGCUCCGCAAUCUUUUGUUUCUUUAUUUGAGAUAAAUGAAAUUGAACAACCUUAUCAGCGGUGGCUCAGAAGAUAGAUAUAGCGAAAUAGUUUGAAUUCGAAUUUGGGAGAGAGAAAAAGUGACGAAGACUCUAGAUGGAGGAUUUGAGCUUAUGUAAAAGAAAAACCUGAUUGAUGCUGGGGCUAGGCUAGCCAAGUCCUAGACACACCCAAAGCUUGGGGCUAUACCGCUACAAUAACUCAUGGGUCGAUGACUUCUCAAAUCUUUUAGUGGUGCAUCUAGAUAUAGCUGAGAGCCGAAGAGAGUAAUCGAGAAUCCACGGGAGCUAACACGGGCUCUACAUAAUAAUAAAAAAACCGUCAAAUAUCAUAAUAUACAUACUUUCCAUAAUAAAUUACAAACCCUAAUAAGUAUAUGUAAAUCGUACAAUCAUAAAUUUCAACUUUCCUUGGAUGCAUGAAAGUAGCCACUUUGAGUUAUGGAAGCCACAUUCUAGUCUAAGGUAAGAAAUAUUGUUGGCAUAUGAAAUAUCCCCAAAAUAGAUCACUUAUUUCUCUACAUUUCAGCGGAUAAAGUUAUUUAUAUUGUCCAAAUUAACCUAAGCCGAUCCAAAUUAAUCAAUUAAUUAAUCUACAAUGGUUCCCACUAAUUUCAAGUUCUAGCUUAGCUAGCUUCGUCGCUGUUGUAAAGAAAAGGUAAAGUCACCUCCUUUUUUUACUCCGUUCCUUCCAAGAAAAAGAUAAAGGAAAGAGAAAGCAACCGGCCGGCGGCGAAGAAAACACUGGAAAAGCGCGGUAACGGCGUCGCCACCGUCACCCCCGCGGAGAACUAACUCUUCACCUGCAAGUCUGACAACACCAUUCCAAACCCCACACGGUAAAUUAAAUAAAAAGAAAAUCUAAUUUCUCAUCAUUCUUUUUUUUCCCACCAAAUUCUCCGCCAUAGUUUCGGUUGGGCUGCUUCAACGCCAGAAAACAACAAAAGAGAAGGAAAGAUUCAGCCACAAGGGAGGAGGAGCUCAAAAGCUAGAGAGCUAGACAGAGAGCUAAGCUGAAAGUUAAUGAUUCUCACGUCCAUUUGCGAGAAAGACAAAAAUAACCCAACCAACAAUCACUCUCUUCCUUCCCACCAUUGUUCCGAUUCCUUCAAUCCAACUCCAUCUCCCCCCCAAAUCUUCCCAUCUAAAACCAAAAGCUCCAAUCUUUUCUUCUUUUUUAAUUCACAACCCAAUUGGGUGGAAAAAAACAAAAAUCAUUAGAAAAGGAGGGUAAAGCCACGCCCUUUUCGUUUGCCAGCAAUGACCCAAGUCCAGGUCCUUCACCAAUCUCCUUCCCAUUUCCCCCCUUCCUCCCCAACCACCACUACUUCUAAUCCUUCUUCUGCCCUUUCUUCUUCUUCUCUUGGGAAUAAUGUGGAGCGGGUUGCGGACGAGUGUGAUUUGCUGAAGGAGAGUGAGAAGAGGCGAAGGGAUCAGCUCUCGCUGUUGGCUCUGCUGGUGACUCUGUUCAGGAAGUCUGUGGUGGCUUGUAAGAGCGAAAGGAGGGAGCUUUGUGCGAUGGAGAUCAGUUGGCCUAGUAAUGUGCGCCAUGUGGCUCAUGUUACCUUUGAUAGGUUUAAUGGGUUCUUGGGUUUGCCUGUUGAAUUUGAACCUGAAGUGCCCAGAAGAGCUCCCAGUGCUAGUGCUACUGUCUUUGGAGUUUCCACAGAAUCGAUGCAAUUGUCAUAUGACUCUAGAGGGAAUAGCGUGCCAACUAUACUCUUGUUAAUGCAACGGCACCUGUAUGGCCUGGGCGGUUUGCAGGCUGAAGGAAUUUUCAGAAUUAAUGCGGAAAACAGCCAAGAAGAGUACGUUAGGGAUCAGCUAAAUGGUGGAGUUGUACCUGAAGGUGUUGAUGUGCACUGUUUGGCUGGACUUAUCAAGGCUUGGUUUAGAGAACUUCCAACUGGGGUUCUGGACUCUUUGCAACCCGAACAAGUUAUGCAAUCCCAAACCGAAGAAGAGUGUGCUGAGCUUGUGAGGCAUCUGCCUCCAACUGAAUCAGCUCUCUUGGAUUGGGCCAUCAACUUGAUGGCAGACGUUGUUGAACAAGAACAUCACAACAAGAUGAAUGCACGCAACAUAGCCAUGGUGUUUGCACCAAACAUGACUCAGAUGGCGGAUCCUUUGACAGCACUAAUGUAUGCAGUCCAGGUGAUGAACUUUCUAAAGACACUCAUCAUAAGAACACUGCGAGAGAGGCAAGAUUCUGUGGUGGAACCCACUUCGGCUUCACUGCUCGGCCCAUUCGAUGGGAGUGGUCACCAAAGCCCCUCCCAGCCCUUCUGUUUACACACUGGCCAAGACAAUGAAACAACCCAAAGCUUGAGUGAGGAUGAUGCACCUGUCAUGGAACAAGGCUCUAGCCACUGGACUCAAGAAGAUACCGGUGUUAAACAUGACGAAGAAGACUGCAGUUUAAUUAAUCAUGGUGAGCAGUCGAGUGAGGGUCUUCCUAAUGUGGCCGACGAAACUCCCAUCGUCGAGACUGAAGCUGACCAGGAAGAAAGUGGUCGAAGAUCUAGAAUUGUUGGCCAGUCAAGCAACUCGAACCCCAGAAAGAGAUCUGGCAAAAUGACUAGGGAGCAGCAACAAGCAGUGCUUCAUCUGACACCGCCACACGACUCCGUUCUUCAUUUAGCCUCAUUGGUUGAGAAGACGCGGGAGAUGAGCAAUUUGAGCCGUAUAGACUCGAGGACAGAACGCAUUGAGGCCUGGCGAUAAAUGCAAUUCGAGAGAGGACCGAGACUGGGAGACAGUCAUUCUUCAGGCAGGCCAGUAGGCCACCAUCAUCAUCUUGGUGGCUCUAUGUUUAUUCUGGGAACACAUAUUCUCUGUUUUGUUUCUAUGUAAUGUUGGGUGGUUUGCUUGCUUCCUAAGUUUCAUGCAUAUAUGCAUAGUGUGUGUGGGGAAUCUAACAGCUUCUUCUUCUCCCCUCUAGUGUGUGCCAUUCGUAAUACACCCUCUCUAACACGGUGUGAUUUUCCAUCGAUCACAGUAUCGAUGCUCUCGAUCUUACUCUUGUGUGCUAUGAUCAAUGUCAUAAUCAUGUUGAUAAAGAUUCAAGCUUUGGUUUGCAGACCAUGCAUAUUGUAUUAGAUGGUGAUGGUGAGUGAGACACAAGAAACCAGAGUGCAGAUGGGGGGAAAUGUAGUGGUACAGAGCUAUCAUACGACAAUGGUACUUUGCCUACAGAAGCACUAGUGACUACAGGAGGCUGGUGCUUCCCUAAGAGUUGCUUUCAUUAUCUUCUGGGGAUUGUUUGGUUGGAUACCUGGAUUCUUUUUACCCACCAUUGGCCAUUGACAAGCUUUCUGUCAAUUUCCUUGGGGAAGAACAAUGGUGGAAGAAUGGGGAAAAAGGAGUGGACAACUGAUGAGGGUGUACUUGGAAGGGAGAAUAUUCCAAGAUCUGAUGGGCACCUUAGUGGGAACAAAGCCAGCAAGGUCGACUUUGAAUUUGUGGGUGACGACGAUUUCACUUCAUUUCAUGCAGUUUCAGAUAACGUAAAUAUUGGUAAUGGGGGAAUCCCAUUGAUUUGCAGAUCAGAUGGUACACAACACAAUCGUCACGUUCUCAUGCCAACAAGUUGUCCCUUGACAUUGUGUUUGCCAAGAUCAUUGGUUGCAACUUGCAAGUGAUGAAUGUGGUAUUAGGAACAAGUAUUAUCGGCCAGUAAUAUUGGUGAUAUUAGGAAAUAUAUUUUACCAAUCAUAUAUAUCGUUAUACAACACUUAACUUAUUGUUUCUAGUUUUCUAAUAUGAUUACUCUGCUGGGCGACCUUUUUCACUGGAAUUAUCAUAAAAGAAAAGAUCAGUGUUUUCCUUUUGCAGAUUCUCGACUCAACAGCCAGCACACAAGAGGGAGAGAUUCAUACCUUCCACUUGGAACAAAGGUAAUCAAUCCUUAGCCACUCCCAUACACAUGUUUGAGUUGAAAAUUUACAAAUCUAAAGGGCAUGAGAUAAGCUGAUAAAGCUAGUGAAGAAAAGUGGGUGCAAAUAUUCUGGAUGUUGCUGAUAUUUUUGAAGGCCUUGGAAAAUCUACAAUCUCCAUCCCUACCCAACAAAUCAAAUUUCAAAUCCUUCCAUUUCCAAAAGACAAAAAGAGGCAUAAGGAAGAAAAAAGAAUGACAGUGGCAACUGUAAGAGUAUGGUAUAAGAUCCAGCAGAACCUUCUCCCAACAACUCGAGUUAUUGGAAACAAUUGGUUCUUGACAUGGUAUCAGAGCCUAGAACCGAAAGGUCAUGUGUUCGAAUCUCCACGACAUCCAAUAUUAACAGUUUAUAUUAAAGCACAAGGUAUGAUGGGCCUGUGCAAACUUCAAGCCCAUGGGUUGACUUUCGUUUGAGAAAUGGUCACUUUAUUUUUUCUUCUCAAAAACAUUAUGUAAGUUUCAAAAUUGGUAACAAAAUGGUUAUUCUCGAACACCACUAUCCCAAAAUUGCGCUCACUUAAUAAGCGAACAACAAAAUC